GAAUCCAAUGGGUUUUUUAUAUUCUGAGAGAUUGUCUCAAACUCUACCUGACAUCUCUUGCCCCUUCGGCCCUGCAGCAAGAGCAGGGUUUCCAUGUUCUGACACAAUGAAGGUGCUGGAGACCCUGCUGCUUGUCUUGGCCUUGGCAGGACCUUCAUGGUCUGUGAGUCCUGCAGAUUGUGAGGUAGCUGGGCCCAAGGCAGGGCAAAUCCUGAAUCUGAUCAAUGAAAAGCGAAGGGACGGCUACCUAUUCCAACUGCUGCGGGUUGCCGAUGCCCACACGGAUGUUCACAAAGAGGAAUCUACAGUUGUCCACUAUUUGGUCCUGGAUGUGAUACAGUCAGACUGCUCUGUCCUGUCUAGGACACGCUGGGAGGAUUGCCCACCAACAGGCAGCAGACGGCCCUCUGAAACUGUCAUUGGGAAAUGCAAAGUGAUAGCUGUCACCCACUCGAAUACCUCUUGGGGGCAGGAGCUGGAUAAGGUGCUUGAGUUCAACUGCACAACAAGCUCUGUUGCUUCUGUACUAGCCAGCCUCAACCCUGGGCCUGUGAUUACUGAUUACUUUGAAGAUCCAGAGCAAUACAAGGGGCAGGCAGAGAAAGCCCUCAAGCAGUACAAAGAUACUGAUGCCAGUGCCUCCUCCUUCCAGGUGGUCAAGGUUGAGAGAGCUUUGAGAUCGAGGGGAGGAGAAAGAACCAAUUUGUACAUGGAUUUUAGCAUAGGGAACCAUUCUAAAGAAGCUGGGCUGCCCCCCUUCUCCAGGAGCUGUCCGGUCUUUGGAUUUUGCCAGGCAGAUUUUGGGUAUAAUGCAGAGAAUUCUGACUUGAACAACCCAGACCAUAUUACUGUAGACUGUGAAAUCUUCAAUGUGGAGGACGCCAGAAAUUUCAGUGAAGGAAGACACCGCCACUGGCAUCAUGGCCAUUUUGGUAGGUGUGGGCCUCCUAGAGGCCCACCACACGGCCCGCCACCACACGGACCACCACCACACGAAUGUCAAGAGCAUCCUCACCACCAUCAUUCCCGUGAGCACAGAGGGCCACCUCUUACCCAGCAAUCUUCUAUGGAAGAGAAAGAGCCUAAAGAGAGGCCCAAUGAUUCUCCUGUCAAAGAUGAGUCAGAGCUCCAGAAGCCUCAAGGAACCCAUCCUCCAAUUGGGCACAUUGAGUUCUAUGAUAACUAUAGGUUCGGUUUCCGUGGGCACGGUCCCCAAAAACCAUGUCCUCUUGGCCAGGAUGCAUGUAAACAUGGUCCUCAUGGUCACGGUCCCCAUGGUCAUUGUCCCCAUGGUCGUUCCCAUGGCCACGGUCCUCAUGGUCAUGGCCCCCAUAAGCAUGGCCCUCAUAGCCAUGGCCCAUGUGGGCAUGGGCCUCCACCUGGGCCCCCAGAAGAACAUGAUUCUCAUAGACCUUUCCCUUUCCAUCGAAGAGGACCUGGCUCGGUCAAUCAGCUCCCUCCACUGAAGGAGGGUGAAGUCAUUCCUUUGCCUGAAAUCAGUAUUCCCUGUCGAGGUCCUGGUCCACACCCAGGACACCACCACCCUCGAAGGCCAGAAAUCCAGCCCUUCCCAGAGACACCUUCGGAGUCCUGUCCAGGGAAACUCAAAGAUGAAUAUCCACAACUUUUGCCAUUUUUGUAACAUAAAGAUAUAAAGUGAUCAGCUGAUUUUCUCAAUGGAAAAAGCCAUGAGUCAUGUGCCAAAGCUGAGUCAGAAAUAAAAGAAAAAUCAGUGUAAAA